UUCUGGUACAUGAAUAAUUGACGUUCUCAGCGAAGAUGGAAGAUCCAGAUGCUGCAUCCCCUCAGCCGGAGACGCCGGAUCCUGAUCCUACUUCUCUUCAAGAGGCGAUGCAAGAUCCUGUUAAUGUUUGGCUGGGGCCCGUCGGCCCCCUCCUCCGGAAACUCCAUUCGCUCACGACUUCCGGACAGAGUCUGCCAGAUGGGCUCAGUGCGGAUGAGAUUCAUCUUCUCAGAGAUGGUCUAAAGAAAUUAUGUGCCCCCCUGCAGGAUAUGUCGGAAGACGAGGUCGACGCUAGCGUCAUGGCCCGGUGGUGGAUGAAGAUAGUUCGGGAACUUUGUUAUGACACGGAAGAUCACCUGGACGAGGUCAUCGGCGCCGGCGCUCAUCUCGAUUUUUCAGAAUUUCUUGAUCGUGUGAAGGAUGCGAGUAAAAGAGGCGAACGUUUCCAGUGGUGGACUAUCAAACCAGGUGACGUUGACCGGAGGGAUGCCGGUGUCAGCCGCCUCACCUCCUCCGAGCUGCCGUUUCCUAUCUACGGCCAUAGUUGCACAGUUGGUGUUGCGGAGCCCCCAAAGAAGCUUGUCGAUCUCCUGGCUUUAGACGACGACGACAAGCAGACACUCAAGGUGAUAUCUAUAAGUGGAUGCGCAGGUGUCGGAAAGACAACAGUUGCCAGAACAUUGUAUCACAAGCAUGCAGGGAAAUUUCAGUGCCGGGCUUUCGUGACUGUGUCCCAGAAUCCAGAUACGAGGGGGUUUCUCGCCAGCAUGCUCUCACAACUUAAGGCACCACGGCCCCAUGGCUUUCUUGAUGUGCCGGACCUUAUCGAUGCUAUCAGCAAACAUCUCGAAGGCAAAAGGUACUUCAUUGUAAUUGAUGAUUUAUGGCUUGCAUCCAUAUGGAAUAUUAUUAGCCGUGCUUUUCCUCGGGGUGAUUAUUGCAGCAGAAUAAUAUCAACUACACAAAUUGAUGAUGUAGCACUGGCAUGCUGUAGUUAUGACUCAGGUUAUAUAUAUAUGAUGGAACCUCUUAAUGAUCACGAAUCUAGAAAGUUAUUCUUCGGCAGAGUGUUUGGCUCCGAAGAUGGCUGUCCAACAGAUAUCUUAGAAGUUUCAGACAUGAUUAUCAGGAAAUGUGGUGGUUUGCCAUUAGCAAUUGUAGAUAUAGCCAGUCUGCUAGCAUGCGAAUCCAGUAUCGUAUUGGAAAAAUGGAAACACGUACAUGAUUCUUUGCCGUCCACUUCCGAAGGGAUGAAAGAUUUUCUAAACCUAAUCUGCAAUAGCCUUCCACACCUUAUCUACAGCAGUCUUCCACCUCGGUUGAGGACAUGCUUGUUAUAUCUCAGCAUGUAUCCACAGGGCUGCGUGAUCAAGAAGGAUGAGUUGGUGAAGCUCUGGGUAGCUGAAGGUUUUCUCAGUGUUGUGGGAGGGCGAGACACACAAGAUAUUGCCGAGGGUUAUUUUGCUGAGCUUGUGAGCAGAGGAAUAGUCCAAGUCGUGGAUACCAGUAAUAACGGCGAGGUGUUUUCGUGUACAGUUCACCAGACGGUACUGGAUUAUAUUAGGCACAAAUCCAUGGAGAAGAAUUUCGUCAUCACCGUGGACUAUUUUCAAUCAACUGUAGCACUUUCUGACAAAGUUCGCCGCUUGUCGGUCCAGUUUGGAGGGGUAAAAAGCGCAUACAUACCGGAAACCAUUGUAACAUCCCAAGUUCGAUCACUUAUAUUUUGGGGUUUCUUCGAGUGUGUACCUUCUUCCAUAAAGGAUUAUGGACUUCUUCGAGUUCUGAUUCUUCAUAUUUGGGCUGACGAAGACAACGAGAGUUUUGACCUCACUGGAAUCGGGGAGCUAUUUCUUCUCAAGUAUCUCAAGAUUGAAUGUAAUAUCACUGUCGAACUUCCAGACAAGAUUCAAGGGCUACAACACUUGGAAACACUGGAAGUAUAUGCAAAAGUAGUUGCUGCUCCUUCAGAUAUUGGUAAUAUGAAGAGAUUACUGCACCUCUGCCUUCCGAGCGAGUAUAUUCAGCCCAGUGUAGUUGCCCGCAUGACAUCUCUUCGCGCACUCAGAUAUAUUGAUCUCAGCAGGUGCUCGGUAGAGGAUGUUUUACAUCUUGGAGAGCUGACCAAUCUCCAGGAUCUUCAGCUCACCGGUUCUACGGUACAGCCAGCAGAAAAUCCGGAAAGGAAUGUGCAAUUACUAGGCUCGAUUCUCGAGAAACUCAGUGUCUUGCAGUCCGUAACUCUGGUACCAGCCGCUUCAGGCUCCUCUUGUGUACAUAUUCCCCAGGAUGGCUUCAGCAUGGCGUCUCCUUCUACUCGGGAACUGCUUCUUCGGAGGAUCGAGCUGUCAUGGCGCUGUUGCAUCUUCUUCAGCCUACCUGAGUGGUUUGGGGAGCUCAGAAGACUCUGCAUUCUUAAGAUUGCAAUUAGGAGGCUAUCGAUGAAUGAUACUGAUAUGCUAAAAGGACUUCCUGCCCUCACUGCUCUAACCCUGUAUAUCCAGACAGCCCCUGCAGACAGGAUCGUCAUCAAGAAGGAGGGAUUCAAAGUACUCACGUACUUCAAGUUCAUCUGUGCUGCACCAUGUGUGUCCUUUGUUCCAGGAGCAAUGCCCAAAGUCCAAAAGCUCAAGCUAGGCUUUAAUUCAAACAGAAUGAAGCAACAUAGCUUUCGAAUGGCUGGCUUACGUUUCUUGAGAGGCCUUACAGAGUUUUCUGUAAAAUUUGGGGUUGAGGAUGAUGAAAAAUUCGACAUAAAAGCUGCCGAGUCUGUAAUGGAGGCUGCCAUAUGGAAUCCCCCAAACACUCCAAUAAUGAGAGUACGAUGUGUUGAUGUGAUUUUUUGCGCCGAGGAGGAUAAGAGUACAGCGACUGAAGAAAUAGAGGAAAAGCUGGAAGGCAAGAAAAAGGAGGAUAUUGAACCUCACCUUCCUAUCCCAGUCACAGAUUUUCUUCCCGAUCAGUUCUCGGAUUCUUCAAUGGCCAAGAUUAAUACAUACAAAAAUCCCAGCCAAUUGGAUUACACUAAAAUCCAAACAGAUCCAAUGGGAUACCCAAGCAUAGGCUUACAGAAGAGGGAACGUUCGGAGGAAAAGCGACAUGAAAUUGAGGAAAGCAAGAAAAAGAAGAUGAAACAUUCGGUGGAACAUGCGAACAAGCCAUUACUCGAUAGCAGAUAUGCGACAACAGAUCGUGUCCACGUCGUGACGGGCACCAUGGGCUCCCUCCUCCCCAAGCUGCUCGAGCUCCUCAAGGACGAAUACAACCUGGAGGCCAAAGUCAAGGCCAGUGUCGAGUCCCUCCACUUGAAGCUGGAGCGCCUGCAAGCUUGCCUCUCGGGGUUGGCAAGGCUGGAGCCCAAGCGGCUGGAUGAGAUCCUCAACGGUUGGGCCAGGGCUGUAAGGGACUUCUCUUAUGAUGCGGAGGAUGCCGUCGAUUCCUUACCCUUGCGCAUCGAGGGUUCUCGGCGACUCAUUACGUGGGUCACUGGAUGGUUAAGUAGAAAGAAGGCUCACAAAGAGAUCGCCGACACGAUCAAUGGCAUCAAGAAAAAGGCCUGGGAUUUGUCCACUCUCUAUCAAAAGUGCUUGGAAACUGCGCAUCUAAAUUCCGCAACUAGCAAUUACCCUCGCUUAUUUGCUACGUAUGCAAAUCCGACAGAGUUGGUUGGUAUCGAAGUUCCAAGGGACGAGGUGAUAUGGAAGCUGACACGUGGAACUGGUGGUGUGUUCGGGCAGCCGAAGAUAGUCUCCAUUGUUGGAAUGGGAGGAUUGGGGAAGACAACUCUUGCUAAAGCAGUGUAUGACAAGAUUCAAGUGCAAUACGAUUACAAGGCUUUCGUUCCGAUGUCUAGGGAUCCUGACAUAAGGAAGGUUUACAUGGACAUCCUACUUCUAGUUGACAAGCAAUCGUCUAUGGGUCCCAGUUUGGCAAAAUUGGGUGCAGGAGAUCUUCAGUACAAAGUCAGGAGACUACUUGCGGACAAGAGGUAUAUAUAUGCAUCCACCUUUUAUACUCAAGUUCACGCAAUUUAGCUCCACAGCGAGUACAAUCGUCGUGAAGAGAUAUAAAUUUGCAAGUA